GCAGCGGCGCGAACCUUGUGCGUCGACGCACCGGGCCCGGCCGGGAACGCCGCCGCGCGCCGCAGCGGGACCUCUGCCGCCGCGGGCCCGGGCCGGGCGGCGGUCAUGGCCUCGGCGGCUGUGGAGAGCUUCGUGAGCAAGCAGUUGGACCUGCUGGAGCUCGAGAGAGACGCGGAGGUCGAGGAGCGCAGGUCCUGGCAGGAAAACAUCUCUCUGAAAGAGCUCCAGAGCCGAGGGGUCUGUUUGCUGAAGCUGCAGGUGUCCAGCCAGCGGACCGGGCUGUACGGGCGGCUGCUGGUCACCUUCGAGCCCAGGAGAUGUGCGUCUGCCACGGCCCUUCCCAGCAACAGCUUUACUUCCGGAGAUAUAGUGGGUCUGUAUGACGAAGGCGGUCAGCUGGCCACGGGGAUCCUGACCCGGAUCAUGCAGAGAUCGGUCACAGUAGCCUUUGAUGAGUCCCAUGAUUUCCAGCUGAGCUUAGACCGAGAGCGUGCCUACAGACUGUUAAAACUCGCCAAUGACGUCACUUAUAAGCGGCUGAAAAAAGCUCUCAUUACCCUAAAGAAGUAUCAUUCUGGCCCCGCGACCUCCCUCAUAGAGGUCGUCUUCGGUGGAUCACCCCCCAGUCCUGCCAGUGAAACACAGCCGCCGCCGUUCUGUAACACCUCCCUGGACGCCUCCCAGAAGGAAGCCGUCUCCUUUGCGCUGUCCCAGAAGGAACUUGCCAUCAUCCACGGGCCUCCCGGCACUGGGAAGACCACCACUGUGGUCGAGAUCAUCCUUCAGGCUGUGAGACGGGGCUUAAAGGUGCUGUGCUGUGCCCCCUCUAACGUCGCCGUGGAUAACCUGGCAGAGCGGCUGGCGCGGUGUCAGCAGAAGGUCCUGCGCCUCGGGCACCCCGCCCGGCUGCUGGACUGCAUUCAGCAGCACUCCCUCGACGCCGUGUUGGCACGCAGCGACAGCGCCCAGAUCGUCGCAGACAUCAGAAAGGACAUCGAUCAGGCCUUCUUGAAGAACAGGCAGACCCAGGAUAAGAGAGAGAAGAGUAGUUUCUGGAACGAAAUCAAGCUGUUACGGAAAGAGCUGAAGGAGAGGGAGGAGGCCGCCAUGCUGGAGAGCCUCAGGUCGGCAGCCGUGGUGCUGGCAACGAACACAGGCGCUUCUCCCGACGGCCCUCUGAAGCUGCUGCCCGACGGCCACUUCGACGUGGUGGUCAUCGACGAGUGCGCCCAGGCCCUCGAAGCCAGCUGCUGGAUCCCCCUGCUGAAGGCCGGGAAGUGCAUCCUGGCCGGAGAUCACAAACAGCUGCCGCCCACCAUCGUGUCCCCCAAGGCUGCGGCGGCGGGCCUGGCGCGCAGCCUGAUGGAGCGCCUGGCGGCGGAGCGGGGCGCGGGCGUGGUGCGGACGCUGACGGUGCAGUACCGCAUGCACCGGGCCAUCAUGCAGUGGGCCUCGGAGGCCCUGUACCACGGGCGGCUCACCGCCCACCCUUCCGUGGCGGGCCACCUCCUGCGGGACCUCCCCGGGGUGGCCGCCACGGAGGAGACUGGCAUCCCCCUGCUGCUCGUGGACACGGCCGGCUGCGGGCUCUUUGAACUCGAAGAGGAGGACGACCAGUCUAAGGGGAACCCUGGCGAGGUGCGUCUCGUCAGCCUGCACGUCCAGGCCUUGGUGGAGGCUGGCGUCCGAGCGAGCGACAUUGCCGUCAUCACACCGUACAACCUCCAGGUGGACCUGCUCAGGCAGAGCCUCGCUCACAGGCACCCCGAGCUUGAAAUUAAGUCGGUCGAUGGCUUCCAAGGCCGAGAGAAGGAGGCUGUGGUCCUGUCCUUCGUCAGAUCCAAUAGGAAAGGCGAAGUGGGCUUCCUCGCCGAGGACCGGCGGAUCAACGUGGCCGUCACCCGCGCUCGGCGCCACGUGGCGGUCGUGUGUGAUUCGCGCACCGUUAACAGCCACGCCUUUCUGAAGAGCCUGGUGGAUCACUUCACGGAGCACGGCGAGGUGCGCACGGCCUUUGAGUAUCUCGAUGACAUCGUCCCUGAAAACUACUCCCACGAGAGUUCCCAGGGCCACGGCCAAGCUGGUGCGAGGCCCCGGGGCCCGGCCGCGGCUGCCGGGAAGCCUCCUGGAAGCCGGCCGCGGGAGGGGGUCCAGGAGGCCCGGGCGGCCGCCGGGCUGCAGCGGAAGACGCCUGGCGGGAAGCCCUCGGGCCCUGAGGUCGGGUCUCAGCCCAGCCUCAACGGAGGCGGCCUCUCCCCGGAGGCCGCGGACGGCGGAGACCGCGCGGACCGCUUCAGGGCCGAGAUAGCGGAGUUCGCGGCGAGUGAGAACACGCGGCUGGAGUUUCCCGCGUCCCUGAACUCACACGACAGGAUGUGGAUCCACCAGAUCGCGGAGGAGCACGGGCUGAGGCACGACAGCACCGGCGAAGGGAAGAAGAGGUUCAUAACCGUGAGCAAGAGGGCCCCGCCUGCCCCGCCGCCUCCAGCGGGCGGCCCCACGGCCCCCGGCCCCAUGGAGGCGGAGCCCCCUCCCGGGGAGCAGAGCGGCCGGGACCCCCCGGAUCUGAAGGCUCUGCACCUGGAAAGGCUGCAGAGGGAGAAGAGCCGGCGGGAGCCACAGGCCGAGCAGGGGCAGCGGGCCUCGCGCUCAGGGCCGCGCAAGUUACCGGAGAAGAAAAAGAAAAAAGAAGCAAAAGGAACUUUCCAGGACUUGUGCGCACCUGGUCAGGAAGCUUACGGCCCCCUGGCGCUGGGGCCCGUGACUACGCCGUGGUUCACCUGGCCGUCCCGGGUACGGCAGCGUCCGUUGGGUUUCGUUUGUGCAGUCGAUGACGUGAGGCGCGUUCUUGUCUUUAAACGUGUGCUCAGUGGAAGAGGAUGUGCUUUCCAGAGGCGCUCUCCGUGGGCCGCCACUCCUUCCGGGGAGUCCGCACGGUGCUCGCACCUCCUGGCGGUGACGGUUACUAGCUCGCUGAGGAAGGGCCGCCCCGGGCUGGACGGACACCGGGCCGGAUGGAGGGUCAUUGCCUGUUCACUGAGCCCGAAGGCAGGAAGCUGGGCAGAGCGGCUCCGUGGGGGUGAAGGACACGUGGCUAUAGACUUGCCCGGCGAGGAGGACUUCGACGCCCUGGUCUCGGCCGCCGUGAAGGCCGAUAACACCUGCGGCCUUGCUAAGUGCACAGCCAGCGUCGCGACCCUGGGUCAGCUCUGCCUGCACUGUGGCCGCCGCUUCUGCCUCAGCCACCACCUGCCGGAGAUCCACGGCUGUGGGGAGAGAGCUCGCGCCCACGCCCGGCAGAGGAUCAGCCGGGAAGGAGUCCUCUACGCCGGCAGCGGGACCAAGGACAGGUCCCUGGACCCAGCCAAGAGGGCCCAGCUCCAGAGGAGGCUGGAUAAGAAGCUGGAUGAGCUGACCAGCCAGAGGAAGAGUAAACGGAAGGAAAAGGAGACGUGACGGGCUUGUGUCUUUGAAAGAACGGGCGAGGGCGAGCAUGGCUGCCUUCUGCUUCCUUGUGGCUGCUCCCCGUGACAGCGUGCAACCCGACCCACCUGCCUGUGCCACGGCCAUGUGGGGCUCGGCGUCUGGGGGAGAAAGGGUGGGCUCUUCUAACCUGACGGGAGGGUGUCUGGGCAUGUGGUCAAGGCCAGGUAGCCCUCUCCCCGGGCACGCCCACACCCUACCUCCUCCCCGUCACUGCCAGGACCAUCGCCCGGUGCAUUCUCUCCUUCCCGGUCAGAACCGAACCCCCCCCCCCCACCCCGUCUGAAUCUUGGGGUGUUGCCAUGAGGGUCACUAAGUUCCGUUGGAGACGUGCCUCUGUGUCCCCUGCCCAGGUCCGAUGCCCCCUCAGGCUUUGUGAAAGUAAAUCCUGUCAGGGCCCGGCCGGCUUUCGGCCCAUCAGAGUGAGGGAGAGCACCCGAGAACUCAGCGCGCCUGAGAUGGGCUCUGAGAGUGUUCUCUGGGGCGCUCCUCCCGCACAUCCCCCCGCAGCUGGCUCACCCUCGUCCGUCCGUCUCCUGUCCCCUGUGGCUGCCGUGAGCCACCCUGUCCCGCGGGCGGCAGGCACGGCUCGGGCUGCACCUGCGAGGUCUGGAGGGCCCGUCGCGUGUGGCCCGUGCGGGCCCUGUGUGGGUGGAGGUCUCUGCCGGCUGCCUUAUUGAAGAGAGCCUCAGAGGCACGUCCUGUUUUAGUCCCAGGGUGUUAUUUGUGUAAACGGGGUAGAAAUUAUCUGAGAAAACAAUAAAGACAUAUGCACAUCA